UACGGCCAAAUGAAAUUAAAAUGCUGUCUAUCACCAUAGCUUCUACCAGAAGACAUGAAAGGACAAGAUAUUUAAUUUAUAUUUAUAAUUUGAAAGCCAGUCAAAUAUCAGUACGUCACCAUUCAAGAACAUCUCUUUCUCUUCUUUUUCGCUUCCGCUGCCUAAUUUUUUUUUUUUUGGGGGAGACUAAAGAUGCUUCUAUUCUGCCUAGGAACCGAUCGAAAGAAAUGGUCCAGCUCCCUUUACAUUGAAGAAACUUCUCUUUUUCCAGGGAGUGAGUCAUUAGUUAAAAUACCACAAUUUAAUGGUCCCAAAAAUCUCAAAAAUGACGAAUUAUUUUUAGGAAUAUCUUCUCUUUGCUGGUGGGUCAAUGAACUUGGCCUCCUUCUCCAGUGUGGAUACCUAACCUCCACGCAACAACAUAUUUAAGAUUAGACAGGCUUCAAUUUUUUGUGGACGCCUCAUUUUUCACCACAGGGUUCUUCCAAAUCCCACCGUCUUAUCAGUGUUGUGUAGUAAUUUUACAAAGAACCCACUAUUUCUAGUGCUUGAUUUGAUUCCCAUUUUCACUUUCAUUCAUUUCUAGGAUUUCCAGCAUCUUAGCAGGAUAGGUAGGCUAGCUACAUUCAGCUGCAAACACCAAGGAUGACAUCCGACUUGCCUAAUGGACCUUUCAUGCGCGAUCCUGAUUUCAUGGAGCUGGUAUGGGAAAAUGGUCAAGUUCUCAUUCGAGGUUUAUCGUCCAAGGUAACUCAAAAGAGUUUCCCGUUCUCAUCGCGUUCUACUGCGAAUGGAUCAAAGGAUGGGGGGGUUGCAGAUUCCACCUUCGCCCAUCCCAUAUCAGGUCUCUCCAGUCUCUCAAAACUGGAUCGUCAUGGCGUGGAUGCUAAUAUUGUUCCAGUAAACAACUCCAAUCGUUUAAAACCAAGCUACGUGCCCAAUCAACUUGUAGAAGACGAGGUACCUUGCUCUUCCUUGCAGCAGUUUAAGGGAUCAAAGGAGGAAAAAGAUGGGGUGAACUUUUCCAUCUUAAGAUCAAACCAUGCAAGCUCUGGUGCAAUGCGCACUCCAGGAUUAGCUGCAGGUGCUGAGGAUUUACAAGGCAAUAAUGUCAGAUCUGCGCCUCCAAGGAGUAGCAAUAUUCCCUUCGGAAAUGAAGGUGAUUUCAUGGCGAAGCGAAUGAGGCCAACGUUACCAGAUUCUGAGCCUCUAAAAGAAUCAUUCCCUGACGAGCAAUCCGAAGCUGUUCCAAAUGCGAGAUUAGCGCCGGAUGAUACAGCUUUUAAGGGAAAUCCAGACCAAAUGGUGGCAUCGUCUUCAUUAUGUUCCCGUGGGGCUUCAAAUUGUCCCACGUACACUUUGAAAAGGAGAUAUGAAGACACUGAUCUCAGUAAAAAUACAACAAUGGAAGAAGCCGAAGGAACAACAAAAGCAGCGCCAGUUCCACGGGGAAGCAAAGGUGCUAAGAGAAAGAGAAAAACAGAAGUUCACAACCUAUCUGAACGGAGGCGAAGAGAUAAAAUCAACAAGAAGAUGCGUGCAUUGAAAGAGCUUAUACCCAACUGUAAUAAGGUGGAUAAAGCUUCGAUGCUUGAUGAAGCAAUCGAGUAUUUAAAGACCCUUCAGCUUCAAGUUCAGAUGAUGUCAAUAGGAAAUGGAGUAUAUAUGCCACCGAUGAUGGUCCCUUUGCCUUCGGCAAUGCAACAUAUAAACGCACAGCAUUUGGGUGGGUAUUCUCCCAUGGCACUUGGGAUGGGUAUGAGAACGCAAAUGGGUCUUGGGUGCGGCGCCCCACCACAGUUCCCAACUUCACUAAUGACAGGAGCCCCAGCUGUGCCUGGGAAUCCGGAAGCUAGACUGAUCAUGCUUGGGUUCCCUGAUCAGAUGUUACUAAGGUCCAUGUCACAUUCACCUUUUUUAUCUUCGGCUGCUAGUUUCACCCCACAGUCGUUCCAGCCACCUGCGGCUGUGGUUUCGCAAUCUGCUGCUCCUCCUGCGGCGCAAGUGGAUCUUCUAGGUGGUGCUAAUCCACUUUCGACAUCUAAGGAUUCAUAUCCAACACAUUAACUCAAUGAAUACUCAACACCAAUUCCAUUUCUGAUGACUUCCAAAAGCACUCCUCGCUGGCCUCCUGUCAUCAGUGGACUAUAUGGGAGACCCUCAAGCGUCUUUUAAGUAUUGGCUUGCUUCUGCACCAUUCGUUUCACACCCAAGAUUUGAAAAUGGAGUGUAACAGCUAAGGAAUGAGAUCAUCCAUGGAGGGCCCCUUUUAUCAGCAGAAAUGUGACUUACCAAGCUGCGCUAAACGGCUCAAAAUCCAGUGUGAUUCAAAGAAUGAGUAGCCACUUUUCUAUAUCAAGGCACUGAAAUUGUCAGAACAUGUAGUUACCCAAGAAAAAUUUACCCCGGUAAUGGUUUGCAAGAGAUUGCAACUUUUUAUUUAUUUAUUUAUUUUCUUUUGUACAUUACCACAAGGGGUAUAGAAUAAAAACUUAAUUUUCUAGCA